AUGGCCGAGAACAGAAAUGAUGCAAGUCUGCACCUGGUCACCAAGCACCUCAGCCUUGCAUCGCCAUUUCCUCACUUUCCCGAGUAUCCAGCUCACUUUUUCCAGCAGCCCCGAUUGCCUCAGCGUCACUAUGUUCUAGUUGAAGCCUCUUCUUCACGCCCUGAUGGCGCUAAGCAACCCAUGGAGCGUUUGUUGUUGCUGGCACUUGACCAGAAAUUCUGCAUUGAUGGAGCUCAAGCAAUGAAUGAGUCGCAAAGCAAGUAUUUUUGGUCACUACGUCAUAAUAUUGCCCUGGCCAGCAAGCGUGCUGGGUCUUUCACACUCAAAUAUGACGUUAGUCUUCCCGUGGAAAAGCUCCCACUUCUGGUUGGUCUUAUCGAGGAGGUCUGCUACGAACGUUACCCCUAUCUUCAUAAUUCUAUUGCAUUUGCAAAAUCCACCAAU